GAGCCGCACACUUUUUGUGCUUACGCUUGAGCCGAGACUUGUAAGCUGUGCUUUCUCAUCAAGUUCCGUAUUCGAGGAAAAUCACGAAGAAAUUAAUUGAAGAAUUAAAAUUCAUCAUGCCUGGACGUCCGUUGUGGCAGGUUGCCGGAAAAAGAGAAGCCAGCCAAGAAGCUGAAGCUCAGCAAUGGAUAGAAACGAUCGUAGGAGAAAGAUUUCCUUCAGGAGUCAAUUAUGAAGAUGCUCUAAGAGACGGUGUAUUACUUUGCAAGCUUAUGAACAAAUUGCAGCCUGGUAUCAUCACGAAGAUUAACACUUCCGGUGGGGAUUACAAAAUGAUGGAUAAUCUUAAUCAGUUUCAGAAGGCCUGCACGAAAUAUGGAGUUCCUGACGUGGAUCUUUUCCAAGCGGUUGAUCUUAUGGAACGUAAAAAUAUCGCUCAAGUUACUAAUACCAUCUUCGCUAUUGGACGCACUACUUAUAAGCAUCCCGAAUGGCGUGGUCCAUGGUUAGGACCAAAACCAGCGGAAGAAAACAAACGAUCGUUCACGGAAGAACAAUUGAGAGCCGGGGAAACGUUAAUUGGUUUACAAGCGGGUACAAAUAAAGGUGCUACACAAGCUGGUCAAAACUUUGGUGCUACGAGAAAAAUUCUUCUUGGAAAAUAAAUUUCUGUUUUUUUUUUUUUAUCAAUGUGUGUUCAUUAAUAAUAAAAAAGAUAUAUCAACAAAAAUAAAUGUAGAUAAAUUAAGAUAGUUUAUAAUACGUGAAAAUGAUAUGAUUAACAAAAAUAAAUAUAUUUUGUAACCUUAA